AUGGACGAGUGCGAAAAGGCAGGAGAUGCUUGUCCAUUUCCACUGCAGUGCCAGGAACAAGAAAACGCAACUUUCGCAUGUGGCUGCGAUGUUGGCUUGAAGGUAGUAGGAGAAGGAGAUGAGAGGACAUGUCAGGGUAAAGUUUUUGUGGUGUUCUCUUUAAGCAGUUAACAAAAAGUAUGAAAUCACAAAUUGAAACACAAUCAAAGUAAUUGAAAAUCGUGUUCACAUUUCCUUCGGCAUGAUACAAAAAGAAGGAUAUAUUUUUCAACGUAAACGGAACUGCACACAGUUGUUCCAUUCGCUUUCAUUAAGCACUUUAAUUUGCUCAGACAAUUAAAACCAAUAAUCUAAAAGAACUCAUGACCACUGACUAUGAAAUAAAUCCGUCUAAAAAUCCUAACCUAAGCCAACCUUAACACUGACAUCUGCUUUAGGGCGAAAUAUUGGAUAAGUGGAGGGGUAGGUGGGAAAAUUUCUAGGAUCUUACACUGAUUUCAAAAUUCUGCGGAAGUGAAUACUGUGCAAGUGCUCACCUACCCCUCCCCUAACCCAACCUUAGCACCAUCACAUGCAUCGUUUUAGGUUAGAGAAGGGGUAAGGGGUAUGUGAGCAGAUUUUCAGAAUAUAAGUCUAAUACUUACUCAAUAUAUUAUACGUGCUAGCUGAUGACAUUUACGAGUGCAGAAUUCAAGGUGAUGUUUGCCCUCCGACUCUCAAAUGUCUAAAGCAAGAAGAUGGAGCUUACGCGUGCCGCUGCGAGAAGAAGGGCUUCGUAGUUAAAGGAGACGAUCAGGAACGGACUUGUGAAGGUGUGUUUAGUUUCAUUCAAACUGUUUUCUAGUACCACCACGCUGUUCAUACGAUCAUUUUAUGAUAGCCUGAGAAAACAGCCGAGUGGUUUCCCCGCCAAAUAAAUGACGUCUGAGAAACGAGCGCAGAAAUUCCAUACUGAUAAAGCAUCACUACCCAGAUCUGGGUAGUGCUUCUGAUUGGUUGAAUCACGUUUCCCACGCGGCACGACCAAUCACAAGCACCACCCAGAUCUGAGUAGUGACGCGUGAUCAGUAUGGAAUUUCUAAGCUCGUUUCUAAGACGUCAUUUGGCGGGGAAUCCAAGGGUACCGUCGCCAAAUGUCGGCUGUUUCUCAGGCUAAUUUUAUGAUUGUAACGCUAUUUUACCCGAGAAAUAGAGUAAAUUUUGUAACUGGGUAGGGCGGGUUUCAAAAGCUACUCGAAUAUUGGAAGCUUAGAUAUACUCAAUCUCCUUUUGGUUGGAGUAAAUUCGAACCCAUCUCCCAGGGAUGGAAGCUGGUACCGGUGAGAAUUGGGUUGCUGAAAGUGUUUAGGAUGCAAAGGUCUCUUGUUCACCCCAUGUGAUCAAUCCUUUUUUGCCCAUUAUUGUCCAACGGAUAUGGGGAUGACAUUGGAUGACUGCAGGCUAAUAUGCAGUGUCAUUUGUUUAAUUUGUGAUUGAGCAUCAGUAUCUCCUGCCAUAUCUCCGAAAUUGAAUUUUUAAGGGGCGGUUGUCAGUAGUAGAAUCUGCUGUAUAACAUACGUAUUUUUCAGAUGUAGACGAAUGCACUCAAAACCCAUGCGCUGAGAAUGAACAAUGCGUAAACGUGCCAGGAAAAUUUGAAUGCCUCUGUAAAGACGGAUACAUCAAAAAUGGCGGUAGCUGUAAGCCUGGUGAGUUCCAAAAAUGACAACUAUUGCCCGAGAAGAACGUUACAAAAGUUUGUUUAUAAAGGUUAAAAUAAAUACGAAAAGCCGCUAUUUUGCAGCGCUUAAUCGAGGGCGGCGCUCCUCCAACGGCAAUGCUCAGAGUGCCCAAAUCGGUUGCAUAGAACUGCGUUUUGGCGAAAAACUUUGUUUGAAAAUUUGACAGAGCAUUGGGUAAGCGAGGCUUUUUCCUUUUUUCCUCCACACUGGGGCAUGUGUUAAAUAAUAGCCUUUACGUUUUUCUUACACUUGUAGUGACCCGCCCAAGUAAAGAUUUUUGCGUUCUCCAUCAGAAUCAUUCAUGAUCAUUAGAGUGUGUUAGGCUCCUGUUUGACGUCGAGGUUCAUGUGCACCUGCAGCCGGAACACCUUUAAAGACGCUUGCAGAUGCAUGAUGCCCAAGCGUUCUUCACAUAAUGCAAAAGAAAUCACAUAUCCCUAGUAUUCUCUAGCUUUUGGCUGAAACUAACGCAAAUGUACGAGAAAUAUAGAUUUUGCUCAUUAGCAUUAGGUCCGAUGUUUAAAACAGGCGUCAAAGACUACAAGUCAAGUAACGAAUCUAUUGUUAGAACUACAUCUUAGCGUGCAAAUUUGUUUCGAUGAAAAGCCUAUUGAAAACUUGGCUUUGUCGUCUUCUUAACAAGCCUGUCUUUAGCCGGAAGGGUACGAAAAAAGGCAGCUUUUCUCCACGCAAAUCACUUGGGUUAUCUUAAAAAACGGCAAAUGGAUCAAUGUUAGAGAGACUGCUGUGCUUUGCAUUCCCUUCCAGGGUGGGGAGGGAAAGGAAGCCUAAUAAUACGUUCAUAAAACUCUUGAAAGAUAAGUUUUCUUUGACCGGUGUACUUUUUCUACUUGCUUAAUAUUUUAAUUCUCAAUUUAUCAAAAUGACUUCUUGUUUUCAUCAUUGUAGCAAAUAACUGUGUCAAGGUCAAGUGUAAUGCGCAUGAGAUGUGUCACAACGGAAUAUGCAGAUGUAAAAAGGGAUACAGAAAGUCAAAGGUAACCAAAGGAAAGUGCAUUAAAGGUGAGGUUCGAUUGUUACAAAACUGCUCUUUACUGCGUCCAUGUUUUAACUUACAUGUACAAAACUAAGACCCAAAAAUGGUAAAAAUCUUAAGUAGAGGUCAACUCAACCCGUUAAUAAAACCGACUGGUUCUUUCUCGCCAAAACUCUAGAUGCUAGAGCAAGACGUCAUAUGAAGUGAAAAUUAAAACAAAACUCAGUUUUGUGUUAUAUUCCACUUCAAAUGGCGGAAAGCAAGGCUGGCAAUAUAUUAACCCACUAACAAACUUAAGCCUUCCUCAUGGCCUGGGCUAUUUUCCGAAAAUGGUAUAUAUCUGUGUUACACUCCCUCUCAGGCUUAAGAAUUUGUCAAUGCGUUGAUCUCUGCAACAAAUUGCAAGGAACUUUCGUUUGCAACUGCAUCGUCGUUUGCUUUUUUUUGUGGUUCGAAAACCGUGGGCGGGACGUCCCCGUCUUCAAAACAUUUGCAUCUUCCUUUGAAGAUUGAGAGUGUAAAGGAAUGUUUAGUCUAGCAUAUAUUCUAUAAGCAGUUGUUGUCCGUUGAGGGGUAUUUGUGCUAUUCUUGCUAUCAUCUUAGAUAGUAUUUCGACUAUUUUGUCGCAUAACGCCGGCAUUUUCUAUAGUUCUUAGCACCAGAGAAGCUGAGCUACCGCGCCUUCUUUGGUAUCCAACUGGCAGCCGUUCUUUGUGUCGUCACGCAACUCUCCUACGAACGUUGUGUGAUGAUCAAUGAACGGGUGCGCAUGAAGAGGCGACGUAUUCUGAUAUCCAUUUUUUCUGUCAAAUUAUCCGUCAAAGUUAGUCAUUUCUCUUGAUAAUGGUAAAGAAUUUCUAAAUCCAGUCAACGUUUGAUGGUUAUAAAGAAUUAGAUGGGGAUCAAAGCCAAUUAUAAAUGGAGAAAUAUUUUGAAUGACUAACAAUACUGAUUUAUGCUAAAAGCACAUAAGUUACACAUGCCACUUCCACAUCUCCCAUAAUGCACCUUAUCCCCCCUCUCCCCCCUCCCCAAAUUUUGCAUAACCUUUGUUUUCCAUUUCUCUUGGGCGUUAGAGCCGUCCCAAGAGAAAUUGAAAACAAUGCUUAUGCAAAGUUGGGGGGGCCUGGGAAAUAAGGAGCAUUAUGGGAAAUGUGGAAGUGAAGUAUAGUGUAUCUCUCUCGGCAAUUAAUAUUACAGGAAGUGUUCAUUAGCAAAAUUCCAGAAAUAAUCGAUCGAGACGAGCCAGACACAAAGAAAAUUGUACUUACAGAUAUAUUUACAACUGGUUGGAAGAAAAAUCCCUUACGGAAAACAGUAAAUUUUACCCUUGAUCCGCGGUUUUUACUUUAGCUUUAUAAUCUUUAAGGUGACUAAGCUUAGUAAGAGGUAUCUUUUCUUUUUCAGCUCUUUCCUUUAAUGGAGCUACCUCGCCGCUGUCCUCUUCUGUCUCCAUUUAUGCCAGCGCUCUUGUGAUUGGAUACCUUGGGCGCCUGGCCUUUAUAGCGUAA